GGGACCAACAAUGACGCAAACCACUUUCUUGAACUAUUUGAGGGAAGAUCAUGCUGUCUUAUUCAUUGGCUCAUCAGAUUGCUAGGUGGAUGUGCUGAUGUGAAAUAGGGUCUUCCGCACUACUCAGAACACAGGAAGCACGUUGCUCUUUGGGGUGAAAGCAUGCUGUUCCUCACAGCACUGCAGUUCUGUUAGAAGAGUCGACUAUACGCUUGUCCUCACUAAAGUAGAGAAUAACAUCAGCCGUUGGAGGUUAUCCAAGCAGCUCUUAACCUGAAUCAUGAAGAAACGCAAACUAGGUUUGAAGUGGUUCGGGAGUCUUUCGAAUCUUUCCCUUUCCAAGCGUUCCCAAACCAAGCCGGACCACAGGAAGUCCUCGGGAUGUGAAGAGAGCUCAAGUGACACAACAGCGUUUGACAAAACAGUUGAUGACAUCACAACCAGCAUGCACAGCCCAGGCUACGCCCGCUCCAGUGACAUGUACACCCACGUCGGUACCGAGCCACGUAGAGAUAGACCGAGCAGCCGAAAGGGCUCCAAGAAGAGCGAUAACAAAACAGGGGUUGAUAAAGAACCGGGACAGAGAAAAGAAGCGGAUUAUGUACGACAUUCCCCCCUACUGAGUGCUCUGUCCGCUUCCAGUCUUUCCAGUCUGGAUCUGCCCCUAUCUGAUCGUAAUAAAGGAAGGCCACUGCCCAUGGUGCCAGUGCCCUCCCCCUCGGCCAGUGCCACCAAAGGCCCAUCCAAAAUCAUAGCUGCAAAAGAACCUAAGACCUCACCGCUCCAUAAACCCUUCCGUGGUUCAGACUUAACGUUAGGAUGUGAGGAUCAUUCAGUGAUCAGUACAGCCAUGGUCGAGCCCACUGCCACGAAGGCUGAGCCUGUGCCGUCGCCCCACACCCCUCAACAUUACCCCGAGGCAACAAGAGCUCUCACCCAGGACUUGUAUGUUGUGAUGGAACCUGUCGCUGAGCCAGCCAACCACACAGGCGAGGACGCAUUGGAAAGGACGGGGUCAGAGCAAUUACUGGAGACACUAGACAGCCCACUGGAUGCCAUGAACAGUGGUGAAUAUGUAAAGUUCUCCAAGGACAGGUUCUGGUUGGACGCUCCGACGGAGAAGCAACGCAAGGAGCUGGAGGAGGAGCUGAAGCUGAGUGUCGGCAUCCUGCAGAGCCACGCCUGGUACCAUGGACACAUCCCCUGGCAGGUUGCUGAGUCUCUGGUGGAGAACCAUGGAGACUUCCUGAUCAGGGACUCACUCUCCAGCCAGGGAGACCAUGUUCUGACCAGCCGCUGGACUCACAAGACUCUGCACUUCCUUGUCAGCAAAGUUGCGGUCCGGUCCGGUGACAUCUCCAGCCGUGUCCAGUACGCCUUGGAGGGGGAGCGUUUCGACUCCGUUCCGGCGCUGAUUCACUUCUACGCGGGGAACAGGACAGCGCUGACCCUACACAGCGGAGCUGAGAUCCAUCGUCCUGUCAAUCGGACGUUGCCCCUGAGGUACCUGGAGGCUUUGUUUGAUACGGGCGGACCAAGGAGCUAUGCGGUGAGCUCUCCUUCUUGCCAGAGGGUGGCGCAGAACAAGACUGGCGAUGGAAACAGAACAGGCAACACCUGCCCCUUGAGCCCUUCGCAUGUUCACCACAAGGGGGCAGUCUGGAGUUGUGAGCUUGGCAGCUUGGAUCGUCUCCAGCCCUCGUGUACUACUGGGGAAAACCCUCUGUCUCCUAAAUUCAACACCAUCCCCCAACACAGGGGUCAGCACCAUCCCCAUGGCAACCGAAUGGGGAUCACAGCCCCCAUCUCAGCCCAGCCGCAACCCUCCCCCAACAACAACAUCCGCCUCCCCCGCACCCCCCAGCCCCCGCACCCCCACAGCUGCCCCAGGGCAGAGGCGGACACAGGGGGCAGCCACUACGAACAGCCCAGCCUCCAGGCCAACAGCUACGUGGAGCGUCUCUGUGCCGAGGAAGGACUUGACUCUGGCCUAAGCCCAGGAAAUGGCAAGAAUGGGAAUGUGUUCUUUUUUCCUGAGGUGGAGAAAGUGUCUGUCUUCAGGCCCAGCAGAUAUAGGUCCAAGCUGCUGCCCAGGGACAACAAGCCCCUGGAGAUGGGCGUGCUGAGGAGGAGGAAGGAGCUGCUGGCUGAAGUGGACGCCAAGACCGCAGCCAAGCACAUCACCAAGGCCGACUGCAUGGUUGCCAGGAUACUGGGGGUUAGUCCAGAGAUGCAGAGGAGGAUGGGAGUGAGCUACGGGAUAGAGCUCCUGACCCUGCCUCAUGGCCACCAGCUUCGUCUGGACCUGCUAGAAAGGUUUGUGACCAUGUCCAUCAUGCUAGCGGUGGAUGUGCUGGGAUGCACGGGCACAGCUGAAGAGAGAGCUGCCUUGCUACACAAGGCUAUCCAGAUAGCUGCGGAGCUCAAGAGCAGCUUAGGAAACCUGUUUGGUUUUGCCGCCAUCAUGAGAGCCUUGGAGCUGCCACAGAUUUCCCGCCUGGAGCAGACUUGGAUGUUGUUACGCCAGCGACAUACUGAGGGCGCCAUCCUCUAUGAGAAAACCCUGAAGCCUUUCAUGAAGAGUCUGAAUGAUGGGAAAGAGAGUUGUCCGUUGUCAAACACAUGUUUCCCACAUGUGGUCCCCCUGCUUUACCUUCUGGAGAAGAGUGUGGCGGUCGGAGAGGGGGUGGAGCCAUGGGAGACAGUGGAGACCGGAGUGGAGGGGGUCAUGAGUCAUCUGGGGGCGGCACGUACCAUUGCACAGCUGGGGGGGGUCUACCACACCAACGCAGAGACUCAAUUACAGGGCUUCCAGGAGCAGCCAGACAUCCAGGAGCUCUUCCUCACAGAGUUCCAGAUGAGGUUGCUAUGGGGUAGUCGAGGAGCCGAGGAGAAGCAGACAGAACGCUAUGCCAAGUUUGACCAAGUGUUGACAGCCCUGUCCAAUAAACUGGAGCCCCCUCCUCGACCUCAGUGAGCCCCCUCAGAGGACCCUGUGAAAGGACAUUUCAUGUUUGUUGAUUUUGCCCUUAAGUGACAUGGCAAGCAAGUCCUGUCACUUAAAUAUGGGAAAAUGUAAUGUUUUGAUAGCUGCAUUUUGUUUAUGUCUGGACAUGGGACAAGGGAUCCAUGGGAUCACAAGGGAAAAUAAAAAUGGUACUGAUGUCAGGGCCAGGAGAUCUGCACUACUGCAAUUAUUAUACUUCUACUGAUGCUGCUUUACAGGUGUGCCUUGCAUAGACCUUUGUGACAUAUUACUGAGGCUAGUUUUGUGUUGUAUCCCUGUUUCCUGUUACUAUCCAGUUGUUUGCUAAAUUAUAAGUUUUAAUCAAGUUCCUACUUAAAAUGGGGCUGUGCCAUGAGGACUAAAAACACAGGGAGCUUCAGUGGUAAUGACAGAUGUUGACAGAUGUUGGAUAUUUCAGGUUGUACAACAAUGUAUGCUGUUUGGACAGUGCCUUACUUGUGACUUGUUUAUUGUACAUUAUCACUGACUUUCUAGCUAAGAAGUUAAUCAUGGUACAUGUAUAGCGUACGUGUGUGCGGCUCUGUAUAAUAGGUUUUCAUAUAGGCUAAUCAAUCAAUCCAUGAUUGCACUCUCCAAGAAGUGUCAAGAACAGUGUGAGAACAGUGUUGUUUAACCCUGACCACCAAAUAAUACAGAGACAUUUCCAAAAGGAAUGUAAAGAAAAUUACAUUUUAUUUAUGUAUGGUACUUAGCGCUUGAUUAAUGAAGUGUCUGUAAUAAAUACGGUAUGCAAAA